AUGGCAUCGACUGCAAGGAAGGUUGAAGAGCCGAAAAUCCCCCCUGUCAUCGAAAAUAAGAUGACAAAACGUAGAUACACCGUCGGCAAAUUCCUCGGGAAGGGAGGAUUUGCAAAAUGCUAUGAAUUGAUUGAAGAAGACACCCACAAUGUGUUUGCUGGCAAGGUUGUCCCAAAAACACUUCUUCAAAAGCAGCACUCGAAGGAGAAAAUGGCUCAAGAAAUUGAAAUCCAUCGUUCUCUGGAUCAUCCGCACAUUGUUGGAUUCAAGAGUUUUUUUGAAGAUGAGAAUUUUGUUUUUGUAAUCUUGGAGAUGUGUAGCAAGAAGUCCCUAAUGGAGCUGCACAAAAGGCGUCGAGCACUGACUGAACCAGAAGUAAGAUACUACAUGCGACAAAUCUGCUUUGCAGUCAAGUUUCUCCAUGACACCCACAUCAUUCAUCGUGACCUGAAACUGGGAAACCUCUUCCUUAAUGAUGCUGUUGAAGUAAAAGUUGGAGAUUUUGGAUUGGCCACUCGUGUGAAUUUUGAAGGGGAAAGAAAGAGGACUCUCUGUGGUACUCCAAAUUACAUUGCUCCUGAGAUCUUAUGUAAGAAAGGACAUAGUUAUGAAGUUGACAUCUGGUCCUUGGGCUGCAUCUUGUAUACCUUGCUGGUGGGUAAGCCCCCUUUUGAGACAAAGACAUUGAAUGAGACCUACUCACGUAUCAAGAGAAAUAAAUACACAAUCCCACCUGGCCUGGAUGCUGAUGCAGCUCUUCUCAUCCGGGAGCUUCUGCAGGAUGAUCCAAAGGCUCGCCCAAACAUUUCUCAAGUACUUGACAGUGCAUUCCUUCAAGGUGAGAACAUCUAUUCAAGAGCCAAGUACUUUUCAUUUUCAGGGUUCUGCCCACCUCGUCUGCCAUCAUCAUGCUUGACCACUGCUCCAAGAUUCGAUGCUUACCUUCAUGGAAAGGGCAACAUCUCCAUCCGUCGACCUCUGAAUGAAGUUCAACCAGUGAAGUCAGGCAUGAGGGAGCAGGAUACCAAUCCCAUCAAGUUGUCAGGUGCGAUGACCACUUCCAGUUCCUGGUACUCCUAUAUUCAAGACCUGAAGAUUCAAGUGGAGGAUCUUCUCAGUCACAACCCAUCACAGAAGAAACCCUGCAAUGAAGAUGAAGCUGAGCAACCAUCAUGUGCACCCUUGAUUUGGAUCAGCAAAUGGGUUGAUUAUAGUGACAAGUAUGGGCUUGGCUAUUCCCUAAGUGAUGACAGCAUUGGAGUCUUUUUCAAUGAUAGAACUAAGCUCCUCUUGCUUCGUGAUGGCGAGAAUCUCCAUUACAUUGAGAAGCAUGGCGAGGAAUCCUAUCACACUCUGAAGCAAUAUGACUCAUCUCUCAAUAAAAAGGUGACAUUAUUGACCUACUUUCACAACUACAUGAAAGAGAACUUGGUGAAGACAGGUCCAGAUGUUCAUCCACGGGAAGGAGAUGAACUGUCCCGAAUUCCAAAUCUGUCUGUAUGGUUCCGCACCCGCUCAGGUAUCAUCAUGUUCUUGUCGAAUGGCACAUUGCAGAUCAACUUCUUCCAAGAUCACACCAAAAUCAUCCUAUGUCCACUGGUGUCUGCAGUCACUUUCAUCACAAAGUCCAAGGACUUCCGUACGUUCAGUUUUGAGGGGAUUAAAAAAUUCGGCUGUUCAAAACAUCUGGAAGCCAGAAUCAACUAUGCCCUGACCAUGAUCAACAAAAUCAUUGAGGACCGAAGUGGCAGCAUGUCUCGUGAUCAAGCCAAAGUUCCUGGAACUUCUGGAGCUCUCACCAAAGCGUGA